ACCGGCAUGACCCGGAAGUAGAACGUGUAGAAAAACUUGGCGCGAGUCGACAGAACCCGAAGCGAAAGUCUUCCUCUUUCUUUGCGCUACUUGACUGAAAACUUCACCAACCAGUGACCGCCAAGUAAAGACAAGUGAAAGUAUGAGUUCAACGACGAGUACAGAAGAAGAAGACGUUCUUCCCGACAGCACGGUCAGUGAAAGUGGACGGAGUGAGAGUGAGGACAUCGUCUCCACACAGGAAGAGGAAAGGGAGGAAAAGGAGGAUGCGGAGGAGAAGAAAGACCCCCCGCGAGACGAGGCGCCCCAUGCUGAGAGUGAGGAGAUGAACUCGCUGGCCAGCACAGUGUCAAGUUCGCAGGACUCUCAGGACAGCAGCGACGGAACCAUCCACGCACUGCUGCCCAAGGUCAACUGCCCAGAGAAAAUCGUGGUGUGCCUGGACAUGGGUAAAGAGAUGACAUCCCGACACGUCAGCUCCAGAGACGGGUCCCAGUUCUCCCCGCUGUCCCUGGCCAAGCGGGUCAUCGAGAUUUUUGUCAAGACGAAAAGCAGGAUGGACAGAAGACACCAGUUUGCGCUGAUGGUUCUACACGACACUCCAACACUGGUCACGCCCUUCACCCAUGACCCUGACGUGUUCUGUGAGGACCUGAGAGCGCAGGAAGAGACCAUGGAAUGUCAGAUGACCUUCAAUGUUGCACAACUACUUCAAGAAAUAGUCCAGCUGGUACCUCUGCCUGAGAUUGAGGAGGUAGAAAUAAUCCCCCCUCCUUAUGUGGUGAGAGUUUUACUGCUGUACGGAAGAUCCCACUGUGUACCUUCAGCACCAGAGGAUAGCCAACAGAUGCUGAGUGAGCUUCUCCUGUCUCCCCACCUGUUCCUGGAUGCGCUGUACGUCCAUGAGCCCCCAGCAGAGGACAACAAGAGCAUCGAAAUCUUCAAUGCGAUCUGCGACCUGGACCGAAAAUGCCUGUCCUAUGUGUAUGAGGUGGCCACGAACGUCACCAUGUUCCACAACCACAUGGCCAAACUGUUGGCACAUCCGUUACAGAGACCUACACAAUCUGACACAUAUUAUAAGUUACAGAGCAGCGAGGAUGUUUCUUAGGAUGACUUUACAGGUAGUGAAGGACUCUCAAGCAAGUGUAUCAUACGGAAGAAUACUUCAUUGUGCUCUUUUGCCAUUUUUAUUCAACAGAUUUAACUGCACAAAGUUUCUGCCACAUGGCCAAACUGUUGGCACAUCCUCUACAGAGACCCACACAGUCUGACACAUAAGUUACAGAGCAUGGAGGAUGUUUCUUAGGAUGAUUUUACAGGUAGUUAAGGACUAUAUUAAGGACUCUCAAGCAAGUGUAUCAUAAGGAAGAAGGCAUCAUGGGGUUCAAUGUGCUUUUGUUCUGUUUUCAUUUAACAGAUUUAACUGUACAAAGUUUCUACUCUGGCCAAACUGUUAGCACGCCAUCUACAGAGAUGACACAGUCUGGUACAUACGACAAGCUACAGGGCACCGAGGAUGUUGAUCUUUGAGAUAGGUAAUCUUUAGGAUCUUUAAGGUGCUUCUUAAAAAUGCAGCAGGUAUGACCAAGAAAAACUUUCAAACUUAGUGUAUCAUUAGGAAGUAUAUCAUAAGGAUAUGUACAUCAUGGGCCCAAUUAUGUCUUUUACUUUAUUUAUAUUCAUAAACAUGUAUGGUAGGCAAGUUUUGCCUUGCGUUGCUGCAUGCCUGCAAUGCAAUAUCAGCUACGAAGAUACAGAUACAGUAUAAGUUAGAUUCAAUGGUAGAAAGUUGCUUACAUCAACCUCAUAUGGCCAGACUGUUGGGCCAUCCUCUAAAGAGACAUACACAGUCUGAUGCCUACUAUAAGUUACAGUGGAGUAUGGAUAUGUCAUGAUAAUUAAGAUGAUAUGACAGGUGCUUCCUAAAAAUGGGGCAGGUGUGGCCAAAAAUUACUUUCAUAGCAUGUAUCAGGAAGUGUGUUGCAAG